CUCACAUUUGCAAUACACUUUCAAACAGCCAUCACUGCCCAGGUCCUGUCUGCUGUCACAGAGCUCUAAAAGCAGUCUUCUAAACGCAGAGGGAGAGAGAAAUCAAUAGGCACAGAGACAGAAGAACGAAACAACUUCUGCUGGACAGACUUCAGAAACUGUGUGUGUGGCAGGGUGAAUGUCCUGUACCCUGUAACUAUGAAGGCCACAUAUGUGCUACUUUGCGUGGGUCUGGUUGUUCUUCCUGCUACAAUCUGUCAGUCUCCUGCUGAACGGGACUCUUACACAGAGUGUACAGAUGGCUAUGAGUGGGACGUGCAGACUCAACUCUGUCGAGACAUAAACGAGUGUGAGACUAUACAGCAGGCUUGUCAGGGAGAGAUGAAAUGCUUUAAUCACUAUGGUGGUUACCUGUGCCUUCCUCGCUCUGCCUCCGUGAUCACUGCACCUGAGCCCUCCAGCCAAUCAGAGCCCAGUGUGCCUGUGGAGAGUAACGAGGCCUUUAACCCCUGUCCUGUAGGCUACAGGGCCCAAGGAGAGUCCUGUGUGGACAUUGAUGAGUGUGAAUUGGACUUGCAUGACUGUCAGCCCAGCCAGGAAUGCAUCAACACCGUGGGCACCUACACAUGUCAGUGCCCUGACGGCUACAACAAGAUUGGCAUAGAGUGUAUGGAUAUCGACGAGUGCAGGUACAGGUAUUGUCAGCAUCGCUGCGUGAAUGUGCCAGGAUCUUUCUCUUGUGAAUGUGAGCCUGGCUUCCAAUUGGCGGGAAACAACAGAUCCUGUGUUGAUGUAAAUGAGUGUGAGAUGGGAGCACCUUGUCAACAAAGAUGUUACAACAGUUAUGGUACAUUUCUGUGUCGCUGUGAUCAAGGCUAUGACCUGGGACCGGAUGGCUUCUCAUGCAAUGAUAUUGAUGAGUGCAGCUAUUCCAGUUUCCUUUGCCAGUUUCAGUGUGUGAACGAGCCAGGAAGAUUCUCCUGUGUUUGUCCAGAAGGUUACGAGCUAGUUGGAACACGGCUCUGCCAGGAUGUGAAUGAGUGUGAGACAGGCACUCAUCAGUGUGGAGAGGGACAGGCCUGUGUGAACGUCCAUGGUGGACAUCAAUGUGUCAACUCCAACCGCUGCCAGGACCCUUACGUCCAGGUCUCAGAGAAUCGUUGUAUAUGUCCAGCGGUGAAGCCAGAGUGUCGUGACCUGCCUUUCUCCAUUGUGCAUCGAUACAUGAGCAUCACCUCCGAACGCUCGGUUCCCUCUGACAUCUUCCAGAUCCAGGCCACCAGCGUCUAUCCUGGAGCCUACAACUCCUUCCGCAUUCGUUCUGGAGAUGACAAUGAUGACUUCUACAUUCGGCAAAUCAACAACAUCAGUGCCAUGUUGGUUUUGGCCAAAGCAGUGACUGGACCGAAGGAGUACGUCAUCGAUCUGGAGAUGGUGUCUGUCAGUCCUCUCGUGAACUACCAGACCAGCUCUGUUCUGCGUCUCUCUGUUUAUGUUGGGCCUCAUGCAUUCUGAGAGAGAUGGAGAGACAAACAUAGGAAAAACACUGUAUGAAUACAGUAUAUACAAUGCAGUAUAUACAAGAAUAUCUUUAUUCAGUCUAUUUCUGCUUUUGUGUGAUAAAAUUGGCAACAUAGUUCCACAAAUCACCACCUUAAUGAUGUGAAAUGAUCUUUUUUUGAGGCUGACUGCAGGCCGGUGACUGCAGGCCUAUUCUGGGAAGCGCUAAAACAUCUGAACAUUCAUUCCUCUCACUUUGUCACCAUGGACUCAUUCUCACACAUACAUGCAGCGUACAAGCACACACCAUAAACACACACAUAUCUGCUGCAGAUAUUUCAGAAAGAAACAUCAGGAUAUAAUUUCAUUUUAAUCGCCAUUUAUCGAAACAAAAUAGUUUUUUUGAAUUAUCUAAGCUACAUACAAUACACAUUCCAAAGAACUUUUGUAAUUGCAUUUAUGUAGUGUAAUACUGUGUCAUUUCAGAAAACACUAACACACUAAAGACAAAUCCAGGUUUCUAUGAGCCUUAAAUGAGAACUCAUUUUUAUUUUACGUUUUUUUUUACAUCAAGUGUUGCAAAUUCUCUGAUGCUUAUUGAAUUCUGUACUUCUACUUGUUUACUCAGACUACGGAAUUAAAAUUAUACAAAAAUCUUUUUCUUUACUUUUAUUUUUUGCAUAAUUUCAUUGUUAAAGUAAAAAAACCCUGUGUAAAAGUAAUACAUUAAAGAAAAACAAUUCUAAUCCUCCCUUCA